CUUGGGGCGGUUUCGCCGUGCGGGUGGCUGGUUGCCUAGGCUAUGCGGUGAGGCGGAUUAAGUGAGGCCAUGUAUCAGCAGUUGGGAUUACGAGUAGGCACGUGGUACUGGAAAGAUGAAACCAAAACUCUUGAAUUCAGAAGUUUUAUACCUGCAGUAGAACUCAAGGAAAAAGCAAGGAAAGGCAAAGCAGUUCACUUUGCUGAAAUUGAUGGUGCAGCUUCAGACAGGUUGACAGAUAAAAGAAUUGCUUCAAGAGAUGCUAAGUCACUUCAAGCCUUAGAAAAACGAGGCCAGCAGGGCAAAGUUACACUGCAUGAUGCUAAAUUUGUUGCUUUGUUUUUGCUGCAAGAGACUGAGAUGCAGCGGAUCUGUUCUUUUACAACAUUUAUGAAGAAUAAGAACCUUGACAAUUUCCUCAUGGCAUUAUUGUACUAUUUAUCUCAUUACUUGGAAAAAAUCUCACUGGAAAAGAAGCCCAAAAGCUAUAUGGUGGGCCUUGUAGAGAAAAAAGAGAUGGAAUUAGUUUUAAGUAAGUUAGAAGCAGCACAGAAAUACUUGGCGCAGAAGUACUGCAUCCUUGUCCUGGGCGUGGGAAUGCCCGAUAAGCAUCACAUGUGCUGCGGAAAGGAGAAAAUAUCUGACACACAAAAAGACUGGAAAUUCUUUGAGUCCUUUUAUACUUUCUGUACAUAUGUAGCUUGGAUUGUCUUCCGACGUCAACACUUCACAGAGAUUGAGGAAGAAAUAGGGAGGCUCUUUCGUACCAAUAUGUUCAAUAUUCCUCGAAGGAAGCGUGAGGAUGAAGAAUCAGGAGGGGAAAAGAAAUGCAUGACUUUUGUACAAUUCAGGAGAAUGAUGGCAAAACGCCCAGCGAUUAAAACAGCCAUUAACAUGCGCUCUCCGGUCAUGUCUACCCUGCUGCCAUCUCUCAGAGAAAAAGCUCAGAAUAUCUGUGAGAAAAAGUAUCCAGUGGGCACCCAAUUCUCGACCCAGAUUCCAGGGCAUGUGGAAAAUCUGGACUCUGUGCCCAUGCCAGUAGUUGGCAUCUUGGGGGAGCCUCGAUGUCUAUUCAAUCCCCAUACUCUUCUCCCCCUUGAACCAGAAGAAAACUUGAAAUCGUCUGUGAGACAGUCUUUCCUGACAGAAAGAAAUCACAUGAGGAUUCAGGAUUCACUGGACUUAGUCAUGAGAACACCGUCCUCUCGAACAGUAUUCCCUAAAUAAUCUGGUACAUUCCAUUUCUGUAAUUAAAUCCCUGUAAUUAAGUCACUACUUGGACUUAAUCAUUUCACAUAUGACUAAUAUUUGUUA